AUGAAAUUCAUCACUAUUCCGUAUCAACUGGAUACUGAUUUCGUUGCCAAGAAUGAAUCAGCCACCCAUCCACGGCCAUCACUGCCCGUGUUUUCGCAAGUUGAUGAAGAACUUGUAAAACCAGAAGAUAUACCGCUGAACAGAAGAAACUUUAUUUACACACCGUGCUCUGCCAACCCACUUUUCAGGACGCUUAAAUAUGCCACAAGUGAGUACCCAUUUGAUGUGGCAGGCUUCAACUACAUGGAUAGGGCUGAGGACAUGAGUGUACUUCCGCCUUUGAACAAUGCAAUUGGCGUGCCAAAACUAUUAGGAUGGAGAACAGCAAGGUGUGAUGCUUGCAUAAAGGAAGGAACAGUUUAUUGGGAAGUCGACAUCUUGAAAAAUGACGAGCUCGAUUUGAGCCCCGAUGCCGAUUUGAAGUCCUUGAAAGAUAAAAUUAACAGUAUGCCUAACUUAAGGUUCGGUGUUUCGCGAAGGGAAGCGUCUCUGGAGUGUCCAGUUGGGUUUGAUCUAUAUGGUUACGGUAUUCGGAACUUCAGUUUAGAAUCGAUCCACGAUGGUAAAAUGGCUCAGGAACUCCCCUCGGGUCAGAUAAAAGCGGGAGACCGACUAGGAUUCGUGUUGCAUCUACCCUCUACAGAGAGCCAAAUAGCUCAGGCCAGGGACUUUACAGAAUUUAAGAUUGCCGCGCUCUCAACGCCGGUCGAAAAUUCGGCAGAUGCGCCUGUGAAGAAAAGAGCUAAAAAACUUGCCCGCGAGUUUCAAAAAGACCUGUUGCGCGAUCAAGAUCUUUCCAAUAUAAUACGCGACCAAAUUGCUAUUCGAUACAAAAAUCAACUGUUUUUUGAAGCUACCGACUACGUGAAGACAACCAAGCCGGAAUACUACACGUCCGAUAAGCGUGAGCGGCAAGAUUUCUACUCUCUUAAAGAUUCUUUUCUCAAGGUUUUCUUGAAUGGUCAAGAGCUUGGGGUGGCAUUCGAGCAACUCAAACCGUUUCUGCCGCCCUUCAGCGAACUGAAAUAUAAUGAGAAGCUUUAUUUUAACUACUGGAGAAACGAAACGGGUGGCAGCGCAGAAGGGGACGAUGUUCAAAACAAGGUCGAUCACAAGCGUCGUCCUCACAGCAUCUUGAAAAACAAAUAUGUGAACAAUGGCAGGCUCGGUUAUUAUCCAACAGUGAGCUGCUUCAAUGGCGGCAGUGCGAAACUGCUCACCGCAAUUAACGAUUUCAAGCACUGGGACGCGAUUCGAGCUACAAUGCCCGAACUCAAGCCCGCCAAUGAUAUUUUUCAGGAGCAAAUUGCCGACGAUAUCGUCUGGGACAUUAUCGAUGAGGUUGAAGCCGAGUUGCUGAGUGACAAUGAGCCGUUGGCUUUGAUUUAA